AGUCGGGUAGGCAUGUCGGUAACUCGUCCGUCCCCGAUGCCAAGGUCAAUCCCAAUUCAGUAAUUGGUCAUCGCGACUCCGCCUCGCGAGACCUCUUCCGAGGCGGAAGCGCUUCCAAACCUGAUCGAUCGGAGUCCAAAUCCGUUCGGUGCCCUAAAACUCCUAUCUCGUUCACAAACCCUAACAUCUUAUCUUCGUUCCUCGUCUCCGCGGUCCCUCUUGGAUCGUCUUGUUUUCGUGGAAGAGGAGGCGACCGAUUACUUCUUUCGCAGAUCUACAGCAUAACAGCGGCGCUACUUGAUCUGUCCAGGUUCUUUCAGGUGUACCCACCAAGUAAUUUGGAGUAUUUGUACCUGAAAACAUGAGAUAGAGCUUUCUACUCUUAGUCACUGAUUCUUAGAUGUUCGGUUGAUGUCUCUUUAGUGUGAAAGCGGAUAAAGAGGGGAUCUUGUGGCACUGUUUCUCUUAUGGAGUCCCUAUGGAAGCUUGCUUACUUGCUUGAACCAGCAUCCCUCACUCUCGUCGUAACUGCAAUCUUUGUGACUUUUUCUUCGGCUUCACGAGCUCUGGAUCAUGGCAGGGAAAUGGAAAGGAACCUGGAUUUUUCAGAGGCAUCGAUCACAUUAGACCGGUCCCAGGCACUUAUGAUCCCCCUUGCUAGUUCUUGUAGCCUUCUUUUGAUGUUCUAUCUCUUCUCAUCAGUAUCCCAACUUAUAACCGCCUUCACUGCUGUCGCUUCAGCAUCUGCUCUCUACUUCUGUCUCUCACCAUACAUGGCCUACAUCAGAUCACGGUUUGGUUUAAUGGACCCUCUGGUUUCUAGGUGCUGUUCCAAGUCAUUCACUCGGACGCAAGGAAUUUUGCUGUUGUUUUGCAUAGGAACUGUGGCAGCUUGGCUAGUUACUGGGCAUUGGAUUCUGAACAACAUCCUGGGGAUUUGCAUCUGUAUAGCUUUUGUCAGCCAUGUGCGACUACCUAAUAUCAAAAUCUGCGCAUUGCUUCUCGUUUGCUUGUUUCUCUAUGAUAUUUUCUGGGUCUUCUUCUCGGAGAGAUUCUUUGGAGCAAAUGUUAUGGUCUCAGUUGCAACACAGAAGGCAUCUAACCCAGUUCACAAGGUGGCAACCAGCUUGAGCCUUCCAGGAUUACAGCUAAUUACAAAGAAGUUGGAGCUACCUGUCAAGCUCAUCUUCCCAAGAAAUUUGAUGGGCGGUCAGGUAAUUACUGGAGCCAGUGGUGGGGAGUACAUGAUGCUGGGACUAGGAGACAUGGCUAUUCCUGGCAUGCUUGUAGCUUUGGUCCUCUGUUUUGACCAUAGGAAGACUAGAGAUAUGGGUAUCCCCUCAGAAAAAUCCUCCUCAAAAGAGAACAAAUAUCUGUGGUGUUCACUCUCUGGAUAUGCAAUUGGCUUGAUUAGUGCCUUGGCUGCUGGGAUUUUGACUCAAUCACCUCAACCCGCUCUUCUUUAUCUGGUGCCAUCUACCUUAGGACCUGUUAUUUUCCUUUCUUGGAGAAGAAAUGAACUAAGAGAGCUGUGGGAUGGAGCUUGCCCAGUUUCAAGCGAAAAGGCUCACUCAAUGGAGGUCUAAAUCCAAUUAGGUCCUUUUCAUAUUGCCAAACUUCUGUAAUUUAAUUUAGCACAACAAAAAAGCAAUGCUUAUGCUUGAAAGCUGUUUAUGAAAUUCCAGUAUAUUUCUGCCAAGUUUUCUGGUUACAGAAAUGAAUUAGCUCGUAGUUAGUGACCCCUUCUUUCUCUUCUAA